GUGCUAUUAUUUCCCGCCUAUACCUUUGUCAUUUCCAUUUUUCACUCUUCCCCUAAAAUCUCAGAAACCCUAAAAAUGGGUCAGAAACAGCAACAAUCAACCGAUUCAACAUCCGAUUCCAAGAAGAAACGCCGAGUUUCAGUUGUUGCAAUUGAUUCCGGCGUUGAAGCAAAUGAAUGCAUCCAAAUCUUUCUCGUUGCCAGCAAAGAUGAGGCAGAAGCUGGGGCUGGCCAUCAGAUUAAUCCUAUUGAUCUAAAUCACUUUUUUGGUGAAGAUGGCAAAAUUUAUGGGUAUCAAAGUUUGAAGAUUAUUGUCUGGGUCAGUAGUCUAUCAUUCCAUGCAUAUGCAGAUAUCACUUAUGAGAGUUCAUCUGAUAGAGGGAAAGGCAUAACAGACCUAAAACCUGCACUUCAGAAUAUGUUUGCUGAAAAUCUAGUUGAGAAAAAGGAUGAUUAUCUUCAAACUUUCUUGACAGAGAAGGACUACAUUAGGUCAGCUGUUUCCAAGGGAGUAGUAGUUCAGAAAAUGUCUACUGGCAACUGUGAAUUGCAUGUGGAUAUGACUGAUGUGCAGGUGGUUCGUUUCGUCAUGGGAGAUAUGUCUGCUGGGUAUCUCUACAGCCGCAUAGUGCCUCUUGUUCUUCUCCUUGUUGAUGGUAGCAAUCCUAUUGAUGUGACAGAUUCAAAUUGGGAGAUGUUUGUAAUUGUUCAGAAUAUAACUGAUCCACAGGGAGAGCAUAUAAGCCGAUUGCUUGGUUUUACAGCUGCCUAUCGUUUUUUCCAUUACCCUGAUAGUUCGCGGCUUCGACUUAGUCAGAUACUUAUAUUGCCUCCGUAUCAACAUAAAGGUUAUGGACGACACCUUCUAGAGCUACUCAACCAUGUCGCGAUGUCGGAGGAUGUCUAUGACUUGACAGUUGAAGAACCAGUGGAUUCCUUGCAACGUGUUCGGUAUUACAUAGAUGUACCCCGUCUUCUUACCUGCAGUUCUGUGCAACGUGCUGUUGAAACUGCAGCAACACACCUAAAAGAAGCGAAUUUGUCAAAAAGAACGCAGGCUUGUCAGCUCCUUCCACCAUUAGCAGCGGUUGAAGAAGCGAGGAAGAGCUUGAAAAUUAACAAGAAACAUUUAAUAAAAUGCUGGGAGAUUCUUGUGUAUCUUGCCUUGGAUCCAAUCGACAAGUACAUGGAAAACUACAGAAUCUUCAUCACAGAUCAAGUGAAGAUCAGCGUGAUUGGGAAAGACUCGGGGACUAAUGGAAAACAGGUAAUCGAAACACCUAAUGAAUUUGGAGAAGCUUUUGUUUUGUACAAGCCUCAAGACGAAAAAGAUGGCCAGAUUGAGGUAGAUGUUGAUGAGGAUCAAAAGAAACAGCAAGAGGAGCAGCUACUGCAAAUAGUCGAUGAAAGGCUAAAGGAGAUCCAAUUGGUGGCUCAAAAGGUUUCGGCUACCCAUUCAAAUAGCUAAACUCGAUCUAUUGGUGGCUCAAAAGGUAUCAACUACUGGUGCCUGAAGAUCUUAUGUUUUUAGACGUAGCGUGAGAUCCUGAUGUUUAGCGAGCCGUUUUAGAUGUUAUACUAUUUUUCUUUUAAUCUCCAAAUGUAGUAUUUGGAAGCUGUCUUCAGAUGAGUUUAAGACGAUCUAAUUGUGCAUACUAACAUGAGAAAUAUGCAUUCUUCUCCCUCCGGUGUCCAUUGAAACAAAUCCCGAGUUGUAGUGUUUAUUGGAAAACUGUUUCUUAAGUCUGUUUUCAAAGAUAGUCAACUAGUUUUUGGGUUAA